UUCAUAGCGUUUCUUGCAGCGGCUGGAUACGGCGCAUGGCCCUAGCCGAGGGUGGACUGUCCGGCCUCCAGCUAUUCGCCUUGUGCGCCGCCUGCUUGAUCUUCGUGGUGUGCGUGGCAUCGGCUACCGCGUACGCAGUGGUCACCCUGAUGAGCAGGCACGGCACUUCCUUGGAUUACGGGUGCAGGACGAAUUUCUGCGUGCGCGCCCGGGAAAUGAUGCCGUCGCCUCCGGGGGCUCCGAGUCCGUGCGACAACUUCUACGGUUACGUGUGCUUCGACCUCGAGCACUCGCGCAGAGACUUCCUGGGCGUGUUGCGGCUGCAGCGAAAGAGCGACUACCACGAGUCCGUGCUCGCCUACCGCAGCGCUGCACCCACGGGCAACGCGACCGCCAUGCUCGCCUAUGCGCACCAGAUCUGCGCACAGUUCUCCCACCAACAGGUUGGCCUCAUUUAUCAUCUUUGA